AUGUCCCGCACUCGUACCCACUACGACGUCCUCGGCCUCAAGCCGACAGCGUCAGACCACAAGAUCGAUAAGGCGUACAUAUCAUACGCCAGCGUCUGGCACCCAACGAAAUGCGCCGACCCUAAUGCGAACAUGAUCUACAGUCGUAUCUCGAGUAAGUCGUUUACCGCCCAUUGCGAGCUGGAAGCUGAUGACAAAGCGGCAUACCAUGUUCUGCGGACGCCAAACCUGCGCGCGGCCUACGACAUCGGUCUCCUCCAGGCGCGACCCGAGGGUCUCCCCUCGCCGCUGAGCAAGAGCAAGGGCCGCCGCAUGUCCAACGACGGCGAGCGCCCCCGCCCCUCCAAGCGUAGCCCCUCCCCACACCCAGCCCGGAUAGACCGCGACGCGGCGGCGGCGGCUCCACCGGUGCCGCCGAAGGACCACCAUCCGUCCAAUUCAGCAUCGACCUCCACUCAGUCCCACUCCGCCGCCUCCACCAGGGAUGUUGCCCGAAGCAGCAACCGGCGCUCGGAACGCGAGCGUAGCUCCACCCCGAGGCACGAUGUCAAUAACACGAGCACCACGGAGGGAGCAUACAUCAAGGUCAUUGUCACUGCUACGCCUGAUGGAAAGGGAGUGGAGAAGGCUAGGAUCGAGAGGUACGAACCCGGCCAGCCGCCCGAGGUCUCCCACAUUGUUCCCGAUGAGGCCUUCCUCAAGUGGCUCGCGGCCCAGGGCGGGGAGAACGUGACUGUCCCUCAAGUCGAGCCGAGUCGGAAGGUGAAGGAGCAUGGUAGGGAGCAUGGCCAUCGCGAACACCGCGAGCAUCGGGAGCAUAGAGAACACCGCGACCACGGCCACCGCGAGAAGCGUGAACAUCGCGAGCACAGGGAGCACCGAUCCCACCACUCGCACACGCAUUCUCACUCGCACUCUCACCACCACUCCCACUCUCAACUCUACGCCCACCCCGCCGCUCUCGCGAGCACCUCCAGUCUCCAGGUCCCCCGCGAGCAGCGCUCCCGCUCCGGUACACCCUCUCUCUACCCCGAGCAGCGCUCUCGCUCCGGUACUCCCUCGCUCUAUCCUCCGCAAGAACGCCACAGCCGCUCUCGCUCGUCCACCCCAUCAUUGCCACUCCAUGCAAUGCGCACGUCGCGCCACUCGACACCGAAGCACGUCUCCUUCGCACCGGCGGCUGGAAUCGUCAACUAA